AUGUUUUCACCCUCUCAGAAAGACUCCUCUUGCUCGUUCAUCUCGCUGAAACAAGGCCAUGAUGAUGAUUCCGAUUUGGAUUUGAAUAAGAAUUUGAAUGAAAUUCAUACUUCUCAAACCUCAGCAGGUACAGCAAAUUAUUCCAUCCUUCCUAUGGAUGUUAUUGUAGAUAUUCUCUCCUUUCUCAUUCUCUCUAAACAAACGAUCCAUAAAUAUUGUAAUUUUAUUCAGAGUGCUCAAAACAAAAAUCAUCACUCACUCUUUCAUUUGUUUUUUGGAUAUAAAAACUGGGAUAUAUACAAAACACAUGUUAUGUUUUUAUAUAGACAUUUUGUUGUGAAAGGAGAUUUAACACCCUAUGAGUCGUUUUCUUUGCAUUCAGAUCAUCAAAAAGACGAACAAGAUGGAUUUAUAAUGAAUUUCAUUUUCAGACAUGCUCACACUUUGAAAGUGGAUUAUUGUCCAUUGACUGAUGCCUAUUGUCAGUCAUUAAGCAAGAAUAAGAAAAUUGAGAGAUUUACAUUUAUUGGAAAUAGAAAACACUAUCAUCCAGGUUUAUGCUCAGCGUUAAGAGAAUGCAACAAAUUGAAAAGGAUCACAUUAGAUUCAGUUUAUGACUGGGAGUUUACCAAAGUGUUUGAGCUUCCUUCAUUGACCAAUUUGAAAUUGAACACUGGAAUGAUGUUACGAGAUUUUCCACCUCGGAAAUAUAACUUUGAUUUUAUUGUGGAUAUUGAAGAAGGUCAAGAAGGUUCCAUUAAGAAAACUCUCAAAAAUGAAUUCUCAACAUCUCGAUUGAAACAUUUGUCAUUGAUCUCAAGUGACGGAUUUACUGAUGAAUAUUCUGUUACCAACUUGAUGAAAUUGCCUGUAUUGGAAGUUUUAUUUUUGGAAAAUCAAAAAAUUACCAAACAAUCCAUGCAAAGUGUUGGACAAAGUAGUGUACGAGAAUUUGUAUUUGAGAGGUGUUUGAAUUUUUCAGAUAGCGGCAUGGAAAAAUUAAUGAAAGUGAAGCUUCCAAAUUUAUCAAAGCUAACACUUUCUAGUUGUGGCUUCAACACCAGUAACUUGAAGAAGGUAUUCACCUCCUCUAAUGGUGAGAUCCUAAACCAAUUAACUUAUAUUGAUCUUAGUAAGAAUCAAAAUAUUAAGGAUACUGCAUUUUCAAAGUUGAAUUCAUUUAAAUUUGAGAAGCUCGCUACUCUUGAUUUGAAUCAUUGUGUUAGCUUGUCUAGCAGUGGAAUAUUAAUGUUUAUGAAUUCAUUUAGUGAAACUAUUCAGACGUUAAAAUUACGAGAAUGUAGUUUGGAUGAAAAUGCUCUAGUAGCCAUUUUGAAAUCAUGCCCUAAAUUACAAAGAUUGGACCUUGAAAUGAAUAAUAUUUCAUGCACAAAUAUUGACGUGUCUGAAAUUGAAGAUUUAUCUAAUUUACAUUAUUUGACAAUUGAGAAGAAUAACCUCACAGAUAUUGAAUGGUUAAUUGAAAUUCCUCUCGACAAUUUGCAACGACUUAAUUUGAGUGACAAUCCACUUGGUGACGAACAGGCAAACAAAGUCCUGAAAAAAUUUUCUGGUUAUUUAAAAUAUUUGAUUAUGGAAAGAUGCGACUUAUCGUACGAAUUCCUUGAAGGAAUAGAAAAUAUCAGCCCGAAUUGUUUAGAAGGACUCAGACUCACAGGAAAUGAUCUUUCAGACGAAGCAGUUGCGAAAAUAAUGAAAUGUUAUCCAAAAUUGAAAAAGUUCUUUAUUAGUGACAACAAAAGAAUUACCUUCAAGAGUUUACAGACUUUACUCAAUGAUCAGACUGUCCUCAAGUUGGAUUUAUUUUGGUACGAGAGGUGCCCCUUAAUAUCCAACGAUGAAAAGAAAUUCUUUUUGGAACAAACCAACAUUCCAUUCGUUCGCAGUGGAUUUCAUAGACCAGGUGGCUCACCUGAAGAAAAUACUGAUGAAUAA